CGGCGCUCAGCCCUGUCCCGGGUCGUCCGCCGGCAGCCCGUCCCUCUGCCGGUCCCUCUGGUCCUCCUGUCCCGCGCCGGGGUCCCGCGCCAUGAGCUCCACGCAGUUCAACAAGGGCCCGUCCUACGGGCUCUCGGCCGAGGUCAAGAACCGGCUCCUGUCCAAAUAUGACCCCCAGAAGGAAGCCGAACUCCGAAGCUGGAUAGAGGGACUCACAGGCCUCUCUAUUGGCCCUGACUUCCAGAAGGGUCUGAAAGAUGGGGUUAUCCUAUGCACACUCAUGAACAAGCUGCAGCCGGGCUCCGUCCCCAAAAUCAACCGCUCUAUGCAGAACUGGCACCAGCUAGAAAACCUCUCCAACUUCAUCAAGGCCAUGGUCAGCUAUGGCAUGAACCCUGUGGACCUGUUUGAAGCCAAUGACCUGUUCGAGAGCGGGAAUAUGACACAGGUGCAAGUGUCUCUGCUUGCUCUGGCGGGAAAGGUAAGGUUCCAGGCAGGGCCAGACACCUGGGGGUGGCGAUUGUAUCCACUGGUGGCUCCCCUUACCCCCAUCCAGGCCAAGACCAAGGGGCUGCAGAGUGGUGUGGACAUCGGGGUCAAAUAUUCAGAGAAACAGGAGAGGAACUUUGACGAUGCCACCAUGAAGGCCGGCCAGUGUGUCAUUGGGCUGCAGAUGGGCACCAACAAAUGUGCCAGCCAGUCUGGCAUGACAGCCUAUGGUACCAGGAGACAUCUCUAUGACCCCAAGAACCACAUCCUGCCUCCCAUGGACCACUGCACCAUAAGCCUCCAGAUGGGCACCAAUAAGUGUGCCAGCCAGGUGGGCAUGACGGCUCCAGGGACCCGCAGGCACAUCUAUGACACCAAGCUGGGCACCGACAAGUGCGACAACUCUUCCAUGUCCCUGCAGAUGGGCUACACACAGGGCGCCAACCAGAGCGGCCAGGUCUUCGGACUGGGGCGGCAGAUCUACGACCCCAAGUAUUGCCCACAGGGCUCUGCAGCUGACGGGGCUCCUGUGGGGGGUGACAGUCAAGGCGAGGCCCCUGAAGAAGCCAAACUGAUGCAAGAAUCCUGCGGUCCCUUUAAGAAACCCGGCUCCGAGCGCCGGGCUGUGGUCCCGCCUCCUCCAAUGGCAAAGUCGCCCGAGUAG